UCUAUGAUAUUUUGCUGCCCUUGAUAUGUCUCGUUGCCGGUGGAAUGUACUCUCUUGCUCUGUUCACAGCAAGUUCAGGUGGAAACAGAGAGGAGAAAAUGUACACGUUAUCUGAACAGAUGAUUUGAAUGUUACUACAUGCUCCAGUUUACCAAGGGCUGCUUUGUGAUUCUAGGUUCCAGAAUGAGAAAGUACUUAGAGAAGAGUCAAGCAGAGUUACAGUCCAUCUAAGGCAGACCCUAAACCCUGACGUAAGUUGGAAUGUGGUACCCCAACGUUGCCUGGCCACCCACACGGGAUGAGGAGAUUGCAACAUAAAGGAGGAUAGACCCAGGGUUAUUUGCUCAUCUGAGGCCUCUGGUCUCAUCUAGUUGUGUGAUGGGAUGUAUGACCAGUUAUGACUGCAUUUGAGCUUCAUUUUAAGAUGUUUUAAGGAAGAGGUGAAAAGGAGUCUUUGCAGAGAGCAGAUCUCAGUAUGAAUUCAGAGAUCACUUAUGCUGAAGUGAGGUUCAAAAAUGAACCCACGUCUUCAGGCACUAAAUCAGAGCCUCCUACAGCUCCCAAAGAGAAGACCAACCCUCAAAAAUGUGACCCUAGUUUUCCCAAGCUUCUUGCUUCAUUGCUGAUACUUCUGCUGCUAUUGACAAUCUCAUUUUUAAUUGCUUUUAUCUUUUUUUUUCAAAAAUAUUCUCAUAUUUAUAAAGAAAAAAAGACUCUGAAAGAAGUCCCUCACACAGCUUUGGAGUGUAUGAAAGAAAAUUUGACCAUGGAAGACAAAGACUGGAGUUGCUGUCCAAAGAAUUGGACGUCCUUUAGUUCUAACUGCUACUUUAUUUCUGCUAAAAGCGGUACCUGGGAUGAGAGUGAGAAAAAAUGCUCAAGUAUGAAGACUCACCUGCUGGUGAUCACCACCAAGGCUGAACAGGAUUUCAUCAUCCAGAAGCUGGUUAAAAACACUGCUUAUUAUGUGGGGCUGUCAGACCUACAGGGAAAAAAUAAUUGGCAAUGGGUUGAUCAGACACCAUACAAUGAAAGUGUCACAUUCUGGCACUCAGGUGAACCCAAUGAUCACAGUGAACAUUGUGUUAUACUACAUUUUCGCACUUCAUCAGGAAAAUGGGGUUGGAAUGACGUUCGUUGUAAUGAGCAUCAGAAGUUUAUUUGCAAGAUGAUGAAGAUUUACUUAUGAGUGGAACAUUCUCCAUGAUCGUGUGGUUGAACUGGUCAGCAGGAAGAACCUAGAAGGGUAGAGGAGAAUUUCUUCUUACCUGACGACAUGAACAUACACUGAGCGUGGCAGAGACUAUUCUGCAGACAAAUGGAGGCAGCAUGAGCCACAUCUUCUAAUUUUGGUCUGAUUGCUAAGGGGUUAGACACUGGUAAAGUUUUAUGAUGUGGUUUCUCCAUCUGUCUGAAUUUUCCUCUAUAUGGGUUAGUCAACAGCAAAAUCAUCCCCGUCAUUGCUUUUUUUCAUUUCUCUCAGACAGAUGUAUUAUCUUGAACCAAAAGCAUAUUUUAUAAAGGUGGAAUGUAAUACACAUCCAGGGAAGAUAAAUUCCAGCUUUGUCCAAGUAGAUUUUUUGGGCUUCCUAACAUUCUCUGUUCAGUCUUGGGCUGUCAUUUAACAUCAGGGUACAAGCAAAGGGAAGUCAGAAAUUGAGUGCUGGAGACUUAGAAUUAGAGAAUUGGCAUUGGACGUUAUUACGGUGAAGUUACAUUCAUCCAUCAGGUAGUCUGAUAAUUUUUUUUCUUUGGUUAAAUUUUAUAGUUUCUUUGUAUGUAUUCCCACUCAAUUUCCGGUUGUAUUUAUAUUCCUCUCUUUACUAAAGGUAUUACAGAUCAUUUUCUCUCUACUACAAUAUAUCAUAUUUACAAUAAAACUAAUUUGUUACAUUAGCAUGGUAAUUAUAAUCAACCAUGACAAAGCUGAUUCUAUCCAUGGCUAUCCCAGUGUGACCUCCUGAGAUUAUGCCCUGAUUAUCUUGAUGCAAACAAGUAACUAAUUUUGCCAUCCAUUUCCUGAUUAUAUCUAAGGAUGAGUUACUAUUAUACAGGUCUGAUCUUAUCCACUGCAUGUAGAAUUUACCGGCCCAGUUCUCAGAGACCAGCUUACAUAACAAUUCUGGCAGAAUUCUUGCUGGCCUUUAUUUACAAUGAGCUUUUCCCAUUAUUAUUUCAAUUCUAAUAUGGAGAUGGAAUGAAAGAAGGGCACGAAGAACCUCUUCACUAAAUGCCUUAGAUUGUCAGAGUAGAAGAUGUGCUUGACCUGGAGUGAAAUGGAAAAUAGUAAUAGUCAGUAUUGGGAUUUUUUUCUUCUCUCCACAUUGUAUUUUAUGAAUGUGAUUUAGAGUCUUUUUGAUUUUCCUUUGAGCACCAGCAAAUUAAGUUUGGACAUAACAGAUUUUAUGUAAGAUUUGUGUUUAAAGUGUGAUAUUAAAAUGAAGCAGCCAUCUUAGUAUCCAUUAAUGGACAGAAUUGUGAAAAUAAUAAAAUAGCUCUUUCAAGCUACUGA